ACUUGUGAGCAAAGUACUGUACAGUACCCAGUACAUGUACAAUCACUCCCGAGCCAGGGACAAACAGGAAAACAACCUCGGAUAACAAACACAAAUCAGCCUUCAGAAAAAUACGAGGCAAUUACAAAAUGGCCACUUGCGUCACUCCUCGAUCCCACGAGGAUCCAAGCCAGCGGGAGACGAUAAGAGAAGCACCCAGCGAGCAGAGUCCCCUUCUGGCUCGUUCAUCACCAGCCAUGAUGCCUGAUGAAUUGACCUCAGCUUCCUCCCACCACCAGCCGUCCUGGUGGUCUUCCCUGCGCCACUCGAGCCAGGAGCUCUGGUUGCAGGGAAAGGGUAUGAUAUUUGUUUUGGGCGCCCAGUUCUUCGGCGCUACUAUGAAUGUUAUGACGCAGGUUUUGGAGAUCAAGGGAAAUAAUGGGAAGGGGUAUCAUCCGUUCCAGAUCCUCUUUGCGCGCAUGUCAAUCACUGUCAUUGCCAGUUAUCUGUACAUGUGGUACACCAAAGUGCCGCAGCCGCUUGGGACCAAGCCGAUCUUGCUGCUUCUGUUCCUACGUGCCAGCGGUGGCUUCUUCGGCGUUUAUGGGCUGUACUACUCAGUGCAGUAUCUGCCUCUGUCCGAGGCCACUGUAGUCACCUUCUUAGUUCCCAUCCUUACCGGAUACGCCUGCUCGUUGUUCAUCCCUCGCGAGACGUUCACCCGCAAGCAGUUGAUGGCUGGGCUCGUGUCCCUGAUCGGUGUCAUUCUGAUCGCUCGCCCGUUCGCCUUCAUGCGCUCGGGGGAAGAGACUGACGAUGGAGAAUCGGGCGAUAAGCCCGGUGCAACGGACAGCUAUCACCACGUUUUGGCGAUUGCUGUUGCCCUGCUGGGUGUCCUAGGAGCCACUUGUGCUUAUACGACCAUUAGAAUGAUCGGCCGGCGCUGUCACCCACUCGUGUCUGUCACCUGGUUCUCCUCGUACACGACGAUUGUCGCCUCUCUCGCGAUGCUGCUGGUUCCAUCCAUCCCCUUCGCGUUGCCCGUUACGCUGUUUGAAUGGACUCUGCUGCUGGGUCUCGGAGUGUGCGGAUUCCUAUUGCAGUUCCUCCUUACGGCUGGUCUGUCUUACGUUCCCCCGGAACGGACGCCCAAAGAUCUUGCGACAGGCUGGGAAUCGAACUCGUAUGGUACUCAAGCGAGCGGCCGUGUAGAGGAUGAAGAGCAAUUGCGGGGACAGCAGCUGCAGCAGCAAGCCGAAACAAAGCCUCCUGCAGCAAAGACCUCGUCCGGGUCACGCGCGACGUUCAUGAUUUACACCCAGAUGUUGUUCGCGCUGUUCUAUGACCGCAUGGUCUGGGGUAGCACACUGUCCCCGGUGAGUUGGGUCGGGUCGGGGCUAAUUCUGGGCUGUGCCAUCUAUGUGGCCGUUGCACGAGAGGACCAGAAACCCGAGAGUGACUCUGGUGAGACUGCCAGCAAGAACGACGUCACGGCUGCAGCACCGGUUGACGAGGAAAGUGAACGGCUGGAGGUAAGCGGGACGAGGUAAACGGGGGGCAUGCAGUUGGAUACAUACUUCCUGCAAGUGGGCAUAAUAGGGAGGACGAUAUAAGGUAUUUGACCCUUGGAUUGAUACACAUAAAAGAACAAGUCGACUCCUGGGUAGUAAAGAAUGCAACCCCAUGGUAGAUGCGGCUAGUGCGGGAGGGGCAUAAAAAGCGGAGCAAGCGACUUGCAUAUACGGAGUGCAGUAGUAGGACGCUGUGAUAUAGAAUGGUGAUGAGCGACCAGCGGGAGAUUGGGAUGCAUGAGUGCAUGAGUGCAUGAAUUAUAUAACGAAUGAGACGAAAUG